AUACUCCUAACUCAGAUACUUGUUCUUUGCAGUAAUUUUUGGUGAGUGGGCUGCACACGCAGAUAAGCAGGACCGGAGGAAGAGUACAAUAUUCUCUGGAUAUCCAGUUGUAGAUAAAUACCUUCUGGUUCAAUUGUAUUUACAUGGAAUCUCUUUCCUGAGAGAUGCCAACAUCUAAGCCACCAUCGGUGCCACCGGCACCAAGCCUGCAACCAUUACCAUCAUCUGCAGUACGACAGAACAGUCGUAUUGACCUUCGUGAGAUCAAGUCCAAGAUUGUUAAGACGAUUGGGCCAGAACGAGCAAAGAAGUACUUUCAACAUCUGGAGAGAUUCUUAUCAUCAAAAUUGAGCAAGAAUGAGUUUGAUAAGCUGUGUCUUGUGGCACUUGGCCGGGAGAACCUCCCAUUGCACAACCACCUCAUCCGUUCUAUUCUUUUCAAUGCCUCUGCAGCGAGUGGCCCACCAGCAAUUAAUGCAUCUAAGAUGGCUGAAGAUGUCACCAAUUCAGAACAUACAAUGGUUCCGCAUGUCUGGAAUGGUGACACUUUGAGCAAGCAUGUCAACGACAAACACUCAUUGAGCAGAAGUGUGAACACAUUAACACAGCAUUCAUCACUGACUCAUGGUGAGACUAUCAAUAGGGAGAAUGGUGCUCCAAAUUUGAUUGGUUUGAAGAGAUAUACACAGCUUCGGCAAAGUGAGCAUGUUGAGCCAUUUACCAAGCGAUCAUGUAUGGGGAAGGCACCAUUGAAUUUUCAUGGCUCUCUACAUAGCAAUGGACCUUCUGCUAUAAAUGCUAGAGAAUCCUUGGGAGAAGAAAUUACACAACAUGCUCAAGUUCCGGUGCAAGCUCCAAUUGGGAUUCAGUUUGGCUCUGCUAAUUUUUGCCAGGCUAAAAAACCUUCAGCCAUUGCUUCUGUCAGUUCAGACAAUAGCUCUAUUUGUUGUUAUGACCUUGGUGAACUAUGUGAUACUUUGUCACUUAGAAAGAAAAUGGAAAAAACAGCACAAAUGGAAGGCUUGGAAGGGGUCUCAGUAGAGUGUGCUGAUCUGUUGAAUAAUGGAGUUGAUGUUUUCUUGAAGCAAUUGAUUGGAUCUUGUGUUGAGCUUGUUGGAGCAAGGUCUCAACAUGGUAAACUAAGCCAUGCGGCACUGAAGCAGCAGUUGGGCCGUAAGAUAGUAAAUGGUGUAUCACUGCAAAAUCAUACCCAUGUGCAGGGUGGCAUUAUACCUCCAGGGUCUAAGUCAAUCUCAAUGCAAGACUUAAAGGCAGUGUCAGAGCUAAACCCUCGUCUGCUUGGAGUCAACGCAUCAGGGCUACUUGAAAAGAUCAAUUCACAUGACUAAUUGGAUGGAGCAAGUUGGGUUUUUCACAUUGCAAGAUUGUACCAACUUGAUGGUGUCUCUUGCUUCAUGGCCUUUGUAUUCAGGUCAUAACUUACCGAGGGUGGUGAAACCUGGAGAAGGCAGGCAGACUUUCUAGUUUGUACAGUAUGCUGAUAAUGCUGUAUCUAAUAUCCUGCGCAAAUUUUGAAAUAAGCAAAGUUCUGAUUAUCUUCUAGAAGGCUAGAGGCUGUAUAAUAGACCCAUCCGUUGUCUGCAUCCAAGCACCAGUAAAGAGGCAUAAGUGCUUAACAGAACUAUGGUGCAGGGCUUCAAAUGAAUUGAUGAGCCAUGACUCUUUAUGCUGGUGUGGUUCUGCAAUUGGUACUUGGCUGUUUUCCUUGGAUGAAGUUGUAACCUGUGCUUAACUGGCCAUUUGUCAAGAACAGGAGCCUCCAGGAACCCAUGCUGAUGGCACCAAAUCUGUAAAUGGGCCAACAUCCAGGAUCUGCCAAAGUCGUGUUUUAUUGUCUGCGGCGAAUGUAUCUGGCAGAGGAUGCAAAGACGGCACAGAGCAGAAUUCGGUCGCUAUUUCCAUGGAGCUUGCUGCCUAUUGGAAAGAAGUGGAAGGGCCUCUUAUCCCCAUGGUACAGAUGAUGGGUUUUUGGUCUCUAUUUACCUCCUGACCUGACAGUUGCUAGAAAAUUGCAAUCCCAGUUGUACGUCCCAUGGAGCUUUCACAUACAGAAGAGAUGCAGUAAGAAGCCCCCCGCCCAACGAUCAAUACUGAUACUGACUGCUGUGCAGGCGUCCUCAGAGCUGUACAAUCAUUGUAAUAUGUGUAGCAUUACUCUAGCGAAAUCAUCGGUGCAAAAAUGUGUGCCAUCAGUCAUGACCAUGUGCAACACAAGUGUGAAAAUUUCACAAAUCUAACAUGUGUGGCAUCAGCAGUGACCAUGGCUCUCAAA